AUGGCACUAUACCUUGAAACCAUUCAGAAACUGAAGCUAGUGAAAAAUGCUGCAGCCCAGGAGAAGCAAUACUUUUCUUUUCCUGGAGAGCUCCUUAUGAGGAUGUUAAAAAUGAUGAUUCUACCCCUCAUUACUUCGAGCCUGAUGUCUGGCCUGGCCACCAUGGACUCCAAGGCCUGUGGGAAGAUGGGGUUGAUCACACUCAUCUAUUAUCUUUGGACGACAUUCAUGGCUGUGACUGUUGGGAUUGUGCUUGUGAUCAACAUUGAUCCAGGUGCUGCUGCCCAAAAGGAGGAGUAUACCGUAGGCAAAGUGGUGUUGAGUUCUGCAGAUGCCUUACUGGAUUUAAUCAGAAAUAUGUUUCCUUCUAACCUGAUUGAGGCUUCAUUCCAGCAG